AUGUCGACUCCUCAAGAGACUCAACAGGCGGUAGUUGACCAGCAACAACCAGCACAGGUCCCUCAACCUGUCUCGACGCCUUCUGCCGUCAACAACGGUGGUGAGAACCUGCAGUGCCAGUGGCAAGGUUGUGGUGAGAGAUGUGCUUCAGCCGAAGCUCUCUACGAACAUGUCUGCGAACGACACGUCGGCCGCAAGAGUACCAACAAUCUCAACCUGACGUGUCAGUGGGGUAGCUGCCGCACCACGACAGUCAAACGCGAUCAUAUCACCUCUCACAUCCGAGUCCACGUUCCCUUGAAGCCACACAAAUGUGAAUUCUGUGGCAAAGCCUUCAAACGUCCUCAGGAUCUCAAGAAACAUGUCAAGACUCAUGCCGAUGACUCGGUCAUUUUACGCUCACCUGAGCCUGGCCAGCCGCGUCAAAGUGGCAAUAUGUAUGUGCCGAACGAGAAAGGCCCAUCCACUUAUUAUAAUGCGAUCAAUCCAAACGGUGGAUAUGAUAGUGGUCAUCCUCAGGGCCCUAACCAGUAUUAUCAGCCACAGCACGCACAUCAAGCCUCUCAUCCUCCGUACGGCAAUGUUUAUUACACGGCAGCGCCUACUCAACAAGCCGCUUUCAAUGAUUUUGAGGCCCGCAAGCGUGGCUUUGAAGCUCUCGAUAACUUCUUCGGUGAAGUGAAGGCUGGUCGUUUUGCUCCACUUACCUACCAAAACAUCAGCCAGCGCUUGUUCGAGCUUCAAGGGCUCCAGCUACCUCUGAUUGCGCAACCACCAUUGUCAGCCAUCCCAGCCUAUCAACCCGUUUCCGCUGUCGCUGGCAGUGUUGGUGGUUACAACAGCAACGACCCAAUGCAAGGUUACAGCCUGCCACCCAUGGGCAAUGCCAAGUCUCGUGGUGAUCUGACUUCCAUCGAUCGACUUCUGGAGCAGAUGCAAGCCGCAAUCUAUGAGAAUGACAGCCAACUCGCUCAAGCCGGUGUAGCUCAGCCCGGUGCUCACUACGUCAACUAUCGCACAGGCAACUCCCCACCUGGCGUCCAGCUGCCAGCUGCCCACGCUCAAUCCACUCCAAUGAUGAGCCAACAACAGCAACAUCAUCAUCACAACCCAUCUAUCGCUAGUGCCACCGAGAGUGUUCACUCCAGCACCCCCGCUUUGACUCCUCCAAGCUCCGCUCAAAGCUACACCUCUGGCCACAGCCCCGUUUCACACAACAUGACUCCUCUUCAAGCUCCCACCAGCAACGGCAAUGCAAUGUAUCCAUCUCUGCCGACUGGCACCUUGGACAAUGGUUUCCCCAAUGCCACUCCAGCUCCCAAUGCCGCCACCCUGGGUAACCUAUAUGAUGGAGAAGAGCACCCCACUCACAAUGCCAAAGCCGCAGCUGCUCGCAAGCGUCGUGGUCAAGCUCCAGCUAGUAGUGUCAUCGAUCCGGCCUUGUCCGGCAUGGGGUCUGAGGAGUCAGCUGCAGCGGUUGCGGCGGCAAGUCUGGAGAGUCCAGCCAGCAAUGCUAGUGGUUGUGAAAUAACGGAGCGCGAUGCCGAGAAGGAGAGAGCUUGGGUUGACAGUAUGAGGUUGAUUGAGUGGAUGAGAGACUAUGUUAAGAAAAGACUGCAGGAAGGUGAUUUCGAUGAAGAUCAGACCGUUUCCGAGGAGCAGGGGAAAGACGUCGACAUGGGCAGUGGCGAGGUGAACAGCAACAAUCAGAAUGGCAAGGAGGAUUUGUAUCCAACUUUGAAGGGGAUGGGCAACUAG